GGCGGGCAGGGGGGCCGGGAGGGUGCAGGCUGUGCAGGACGAGGUGGUCCUCUUGUCCACUGUGAAUGCUGUCUUUUGCCAGCCCGCCCUCAGCAGGCCCUGCUGCUGGUCCCGAGGGUGGAUCUGUGCCUGUCGCUCUGCUGUGUGACUAUGCAGAUAAAGCCCGGUCUUUGAGAAACACCUUCAGACACACCAGACUCUUCUGAUGGUAACUAAUCAGAAGUUCAAAGGAAAGAAACAGCAUUUCCUCCUUCUCUGUGGUCUCUUUUCCCAGCGCUUCCAUUCCUGUUGUACUACCCCAGUGGCUUCCUUGGUGGAUGAUGCAAUUAGGAGAUGCUAGAAAGCUUUCAUCAAGUAAAUACGUCAGAUUUUGAAGCGUUCCAUUUAGGCUCGAUCAGUCGUUUUCAGAUAGAGCGCAGUAAUUUGUGCCUUGUUGUGACAUGUCUCCUUUAAAAAGCCCUCCAGGCGGAUUUGAGCAGUUAGUGAAGCACCUCUUGUCUGAAAUAAAAAUAAAUUCCAGAGCAGACCUUGGGAUCUGGUUUUAGCUGGAUUCCUAGAGGGUUUCCAAGCUCUGCUGUCAUCGUUUACAUAUUUGACGUUAAUUCCUCUCUGUCCAGGUAAGCAGAGAGGCAGUUCACUUGUGGGAAAAGUGGCUGUAAUGAUCAAGCAAGUUAUUGUACCUCUUCAGAGCUCGGUGAUGAGUGUCUGCUGAAGCAAGCGCCCUCAGUUAUUUUUCACACAUUUCAUGGGGAAGGGUAGUUUUCUGCUUUGUGCAACUUCUUAAAGCAGUUAAUGUUUUCCUUCUUCUCCAAAAGCCAACUGAAGCAGCAGGCGUGGGGUCCAUGUGGCUCACACAUCUGGAGCUGGAUGCUUUAGAAAAGAGAAUUUUUUUUGUGCUUGGUGUUUUUCCUGCUAUCGGUCUUUCCCUCGUGGGAAAAUCUAAAAAUAUAUGAUUAUUUGGGAUAUAUUUUCUUAUCCUAAUUACUGUUCCAAGUGCUUGAGGUUACUGAUGUAAGGAAUAGCACUGUUUUAUAUUUCCAGUUGAAUACUGACCAGCAGAUUCCGGUGUAGGGGUUAACAGAGGUAUCCCGGGUACAGUCCUAAGCGGUGUUCUCUGUGUAUUGUCAGCUCGCAUUGCUUUGGCAAAGAGGUUUGGGAAGCUUCUAAUGGGGAUGCUGAAGGUAUAGAUCACAAAACUUCUAAAACAGGUUUAUCAGCGUCUUUGUCAGUCACUGGAGGCAAAUAGAAGGCUGAUCCUCCAUAGAGAAUCCAUGAGCUGAGCUCUUGCUGUACUUUGCCUUCCUAUAUGGAAAGUCCUUGAUGUGAGACGAGUUGAGGAUGACAGCAAGCACCCUGCUCCCACGUGUGCUAUUCCAGCUGGGAGCUGGGUGCUGCUGGGCCCCUCUAAACCGACCUUUUUCUUACCUGCAGGGUUUAUGAUCUACUAAGAACAAACAAACCUGCCCUGGACUUGUUUGUGUGUAACUUGGCAGAUGUGGGAUGCUGCUAUAAGGCGCUUUGCUUUGGCAGAUGGGGCCACUUCCUACCUGGGCAAACAAGGUUGCUGCUUUCUGGCUGGAAACCUGUGAGAGGAGCAGAAAAGAUGCAGUGUAGUGGGGGUUUUGUGUCUUCUCAGAGGGCCGGUUGCUCUGUAUCAGGGAUAAGCAAGAAGAACUUCAUUCUGUCGGUCUGUCUUUUUUUUUUUUCUUAUGUCGCUGUCAGUCUUGAUACUAAGAGCAACCCAGUGCUGUCGGAGUUGGGAACAUGCACAACAAAUCUUCAACCAGGUGAGGUUCAGCCAUGCUGCUGUGUUUGACUACAGGCAUCACAAGGCAUUGUGCAUGGCUUUUCACAUGUAGCAGCAGCCAGGACUUGCUUUAAAAGAAGGAUAGGCUGUCAUGAAAUUCUUAAGGUAACAAAGUGAAGCCAAAAAAAGAGUUAUCGUUGAAAACUUGAUGGUGAAGUAAUUAAGCACAGACCCCGGGGAUGAAGCAGUGCUGCACGGUGUUACCUCCUCACUGGCUGUUGAUGGCAGCUUUUGGGGCUGCUCCAGCCAACUGCUCCUGGCCCAGGUUUGCUGGCUGCAACCAGCUGUUCUGGUGCCUGUUCCUUCCCCUCUUAAUCUUUGUGUGCAGCUUUACUUGUGCAGCAUUGUCCCCCUGGUGUGCAUUUGGGGUGGUGUGGGAGGUAACAGUACCUUGCUGGUUCCACCCAGGGAGGAAGCAUGGUUGGGUCCUGCUGCCAGGUGGCUGACCACUGCAAUCCAGGCACCCUUCACAUGUGAUUAAGCAGCAGCUCAACUUCCAGCUUUUAGUUUCAACUGUUAUAAAGCUGUAAAUGCUUUAUUUGUUCCUAUCCUGGUAUGCCUGCUUCCUCUUCCUAGAUAUGGUAGUUCUUUAGUUGUCCUUUGAUAACUACCAAUAUCCGGCUGUGCAUCAGGCACACCAUCUAGCUCUUUGUUCCCAGCUAUAGUAAUUAGGUUUGGGCUCUAUUUUUUUAUGAGGCCUUCCAUUGCUCUGAGCUAUGGUGAGCAGAGCGGCUCUGAGUGUUUUAUGAAUUCUUGGUGAUGAAUCAACAGCAAGUGAAGAAAGGGAUGUGAGGGUGCACAGCCUGGAGCAAGUCUGAUUUGCUGGGUGCGUGUCUGGCACAGAAAGUGCUUAUUGCAUGCCUAAGGACAGAUGCUGUGCUUGUUGGAUAUGGUGGCACGUUCUCUUAGUGAUUUGAACUGCCCUAAUACAAGGGGUUGUCUUGUUAUUGUGUGACUGGGUGUGAAGGAUGUGGUGUUGGGGCUGCAACUUUGUGUCUGGGUUGGUGCUCUGCUGCCAGCCCCCAUUGGGCUUCACCUGUGAGGAGUGCUAAUAGCAGAGUGUUAUGAUUUCGGCUUGGAAACUCUUGGUACUGGAAUAAAGGUAUUAUAACUUUCACAAAACUGGUUUUAAAAUCACUGAAAAUGAGGAUGGAAAGCCAGCAUUGUGCUCCUUUCUGUACAGUGGGUUUAGAAGCUGCUGAGGACAUGCCUGGUGUCCUGUCAGCUCAGCUGAAUUUGCUAGAGCUGUAAAUUAAAAAGAAGUCAUAUAGCCCGAUUUGAGGUUUUGGAGACUGAAGCCUUCUCCAAGAAGAAGGGAUGGCAACAAGAAUAGAAAAGUAAGACCUAUGUUCCUCUGUGGCUGAAGCUAUGCUCUGCCACGUGUGUGUUCAGGAUCCGGGCCCCUUCAACAAAAUGGUUGAGCUCACAAAAGCAAAGGAAAGCCAGCUGCUUAUUUCAUUUGCAGGCUACGUGAGUUUGGUGCACAGUUUGGGGAGCACUGGUGUCCUUAUGGUGCUGGGGGUGUACAGUGAGGAAGGAGUGUGGGGGAGCAGCCGAGGGGAGUGGGGUUAAAGUUGCUGUUAAAGCCUGAGCUGAGAGCUUUUCUUUGAAGUGCCAAGUCGUCAUCAUCUCCUGUGGUCCCUCUGUCCACCCUUGUGCCACAGAGGAGACUUCAGGUACUUUGUGGAGACUUGGCCCUGAAAUGCCCAAACUCCACUGGAAGAACACGGCUUGGGGGUAAAGCUGCUUUGCUGGGAUCUCCUUUUGGAGUGGCUCUUGUUGCUGAAGUGAGCAGGGCUGCAGGAGUGCAGUGAAGGAGGAGAUGUCACUUGGGUCUCUCUGGCUCCCACAUCUCCUGCCCAACCUUCCAUGAGUGGCUUCUCAGGGUACAGUGCAACAUCUGCUGGUGCUGCCUGUGCCUGUUCCCCCCACUGUGCCUGUGUGCUUGUACUUUAUUUGGUUUUGGAGGGAUGAAAUCACUUUUGUCUCCAUUUGGAUAGGGAAAAGCUUCUGCUCAGCUGUGUGAGCUGUUUGUAUGCACUUGCAAUGGCAGCAGUUUCUCAGUAACUGUGUGUUGCUGGUGCAGGAUGAGCUUGCUGUGGGAUGGAGGGAAGCUUUGUCCUUCUCCAAAACAUAAAGUGAAGAUCUCAGGCUAAAAAGGGUUGAGAGCUGGGUGACUGCCAAACAGCUUGGUGUAAUAGCUUGGAGUUGAACACAAAAUGUAGAAGUGGGUGACAGAGCACUUGUUCCUGCUAGGCCUGGGAGGUCUGAGCUGUGUGCUGGGGUUCUGGCUUUCCUCCUGCACUGGAGCCACUCUGAGGAAGAGCAGUUUCAGGAGGUGCUCUCAAAUGGGACACUGUGUGCAUCUUCUACUUGGGGCGCUGAAAUAGAACACCCCCACAGCUGGUGGCAUCGGCUGCACUGCUGUGUCCUCGCUUUGGUUACUGCUGGGAGCAGAGGCCAGACCCCAGAAAUGGCAGCCACCCCUUGGAGGGGUAAAGAGAGCACACAUUUAAUUAGAACUUUUGAUAAUUACGGUAGUGGCCGUUUCUUCAAGUUGAAACUUUGGGGCUGUUUGGAGUACAGCUAGAUUUCUUGCAGGGCUGCUGUAGUGCUGCUUUCCUGCCCUCUGCUCCCAGCUGGGCCUGGGUUGGAAGCUGCACUUUCUGUCAUCUGGCAGGAUUUGAUGAGUUGUAGAUGCAAUGUGAAUGAAUUAAUUCCCUAAAACUGCUGUUCUGCCACUGCUCUGUGCCAUGGAGCCCACAGGCCGAGGCUGCGAGGCCUCCUGGUGCGACGCGGAGUGUCCCUUUCUGGGGAAGGCCUUUCCAUGAGCACAAGUGGCCUUGUGGUGCCCGGGGUGUCUGUGCUGGCUGCUCUCGGUGAAGGCGAGGCUGUCUGUGGGCACAGGGGGUGGAGGAUGAAGGGAAGUGCAGCUGUGGUACUGGGGUGCAGCCCUGUCCCUCAGCUCCGUGCCAGGCAGAAGCUGCAGGAGCGCCAGCCUUCAUCUCUUUCAAGUCUGCACCUGCUGAAUGGUGACAGAAGACGUCAAGAAAAGCAAUGAGCAGCUGGGAGAUGCGAAUCUUCUUUUUUGCUCCAGGCAAAAAUUGAUUGGUGGCUUUUAAAUUCAAAGCUGUCCCCAUAUGAUCCUGCUCUGCAGUGUGCUGGCAGCCGGGCCGGCCUCUCGUCUCUCAACGGACCUCAGCAGGAGCCACGUUGGGCCCCAGCACUGGCACAGCUCUGUGCACAGUGGUGCUGAGGAUGCGGGAGGAGCUCCAGGCUGGGGCUGCUGGUGGUGUGGGGCAUGUGAAGCUGGGGCUGCCUGCGGUGCCGUCCUGCCUGGCCCGGCAUCCAUGGCAGAAGCUGCAGAUGUCUCAUUGUGGGCAUCUGGAAACUGGGAAUGUGCAGUUACUUCUGGAAACCUGGUACAUUCAUGUCCAGAAGCAGCCAGCAUAACUCCAAGCCCAGGGAUGUGAUGAGCAGCAUUAAUAAAAUUGAUGAGACUUGUCUGCUCUGCCACAGAACUGGCACCCACCCCUGAGUCUGCUAAAUGGGGCUUCCUCUUGUGGCAGCCUUGUUGGAGCCCUGCUGCUGGCCUGCCUUGUACGGCUCUGUCCUGCUGCUGGGAAGCUGAUAGGAGUGGAGGUGGUAUGAGAGUUAUUUGGGGAUGGCAUUGGCAGCUCAGGAGGAAUGGAUACCUCCAGCAAGAAAAGGUCAAAUGCUUUUUUUUUUUUUCCUUUAAAAGAAAAAAAAAAAAAAGGAAAUUGGCAGGGAAAGGACUGGUGAAAUGAAAAGGAUGUCGGUCAAAAAGGGCACACUGUAUUCAUACAAGAUGAUAAAACUUGCAACUCCUGACGUUCUGUGAUUCUGUGUGAAGGACAGGUAUACGUUGUAGCAUGUUAUAUUAGAAAUAAAAUGAGGCAGGCCAAAAUAUGACUUUGAAGAAUAGACCUAAAGUGAUUCACGUUUGUACAGUUGCAUCAGAAACCUUUUGGAGACAUCGCAGCAGAAGAGCGUGGGAGGCACAGGAGAUAAAGCCAUCACAGAAAAUCAAAACCACUUUUUGGCCAUCUUGACUCCUGUGAAGGAGCUUUGUAGCAUAGCAAACUAGAAGCUCUCUGUAAAAGAGCUGUCUGAGAAGACAUCUUGUGUUGAAUAUCAAUAGAAGUGGCUUUAAAGCAAACUGAGGAACUGAUAAGAAGAUAAGGAACACAUAGCAUUGACUCAAGAGUGCUGUAGGAUCUGAAAUACAAAAUUGUUGGGAUAUUUUUGUGGGUAUACUGUUCAUUAAGUGCCCUCGAUAUUGUAGAAAUUGAUGCUGGAGAAUGUGAUGGCAGUUUUUAGAGGGUGAAGCCUGGGAGGUAUGUGCCAGGUGGCCCAGUGUCUGCCCAUUGUGCUGCUGGAGAGGGGCUGCAGGAGGGUCAUGGGGGCUGCAGAGCUCUGGGUCUUACCUCAGGUGUAUGAGUGUCUGUGAUAAAGAACAAGGUUACUGCAGGCACAGCCAAGUGCAGCCCAUUGGAAAAGGCUGGCAGCCUGCCUGUAAGGGGGUCCCUUCCUCAUGUGGACCUGCUGGAGCUUGGGGAUCUCAUGGAGAAGAGAUCUCAUAGAACUCAUAUAUUUGAGCUUUCAAACAGCCUUUGACACUGUUAUCCACUAAAGACUUGUAAGAAAUUAAGUUACUACAGUGAAAAAUUCCUAUUAUGGACCCAGGGCUUGUUAAAGCAUGUGAAGUAGAGGGUAGGGCUUUAUGGUCAUUCUUCGGCAUGGGGGGGGGGGGACAUUGGCAGACUUUUCUGGGAUUGGUACCCUCUAGUAUCCAUAAUACAAGUGUGGAUUCAGGGGAGAUGAGGAAGGAGGUGAAGACAGGGUAUGACAAGGUGGUGUGCUGUCCUGGCAGCCUGGCUGUGGGUGGGAUGGAGGCGUAGCUGGGAGCUCAGAGCAUGUUUCUUAAAUUCUUGAAUGGUUUUAGGAAACAACAUUAAACAGGAAUGUAGAUACGUGUCUGUGUGGCUUUAUAGGCCAAAAUUCUAGCCCUACAAAUUCAUCAGCACGUGGAAGGCCUUUGUGAGCACAUGGCAGGGGUGCUUCAGUGGGAGAGUCUAAUGGGGCUUCCCAUAGGAUUUCGGCCAUAUCCAGCCUGUAGGGUCUCCAAGAAACAUCAAUCAUGGGACGCUUGGAUGAGUAACUAGUUAAAGGAGAGGUUACAAAGCUUAGGGGGAGGCUGACAGCUUUGACGAUGGAGGGAAGUUGCUGGUGGAGCCCAGAUGGGAUCUGUGCUGCUCAGGGUGCUUGUGAACGACCCAGAAAAGGGGUGGGAGAGGUGGGUGGGAAGAGUGCUGCAGAACAUGCGUGCAGGGAUGGGCUCUCAGUGAAAGAGGCAAGAAAUCCUGAUUACUGCCAUUCAGAAACAAGACUGAGGUGGUGGAGGGUGCUGUGAAAGCAUCGGCUUAGUGUUUGGUAGCAUCAGAGGAAGGAAGCUGGGCACUGUGGAGAAGCUGAGAGCAGAAUGGAAAGGUCGUGACACAGCCGCGCUUCGCUGUCCCGCUGGAGGUUAAGUGUGUGUCAGGGCAUCCCGUCUCAGGAGAGCCCUUGCUCCGAGCUAAUGGGAAUAGGAGAGCUCUCUGUGCUUCUUUGCUUUUAGUUUUUAAUAUCUGAGCCCCACGCAGUGUGCUGCAGGCAGAUGGGGGCUGCCUUGGUGGGUGCCAGCUACAAAGGAAGCUGAUGGAAGUCCAGAGCUCUGUCCCAGUCUUCUCGCUGACCACACACUGCUGCCUUUGACGCUCCCCAUGGCAGAUUGCAAAAUUUGCCCCUUUUUUUUGCCGCUUCCCUUAAAGCAGCCGAAAGCGAAAAGCUCGGUUUUGGACUGAGCACAAACUAAUAAAUGCUUGGGUGUUUGGUGAGAGAAAACAAAAGGAACUUGUUUUGGGCACCAAAUCAAAAAGUGAAUUGUUCUCACACCACUGUUCGCCGUUGCCAUGUAUAGCAGUCACUGCCAUGGCAACAGAUAUUUUCAAGAUCCAGCCAAGAUCUUGCAGGGCUGCAGCAUAACUUCUGACACUCGCUCAUUGCCAUGCUAUUAAUAACAGCGCUUCCCCCCCUCGCCGCCAGGAAGUUUCUUCUUCCUCAUGUACCGGGCGCGAGGGAGCAGCUCAUUUUAAAUCAAUUGUGGGGAGAAGUGACACGGGGGAUUUCCUGCGUGGUUGUUGUUGUGGAGAUCCUGUCUGGUGCUGCCAGCUCUGCUGCUACCUCGGAGCGGAGCGGGGCUGUGCCUAUUGUGCUAUUUAUAAGAAAGCCCAGUCUGAUUUUUUUUUUCUUUUCUUUUUCUUCAAAGCGGGACGAGCAGAUGACUUGUGUUUACUCUUCCAGCUAUGCACAGAAGCUUAAGUGUUUAUUUCAGUCUGACUCAGCCCAGAGGAGAAGCUCUGGCUGAUUGAAUAGUGUCGGGGCUGGGUGCUGCUCCAUACGGUGUCUGCACCCAUCUCCAGCCAUUUCAGAAACACAGGCUGAGCUGUGUCUUGGCAGUGGUUUAGCUUUAGAUCCCCCUCUUGCACACCCGGCUUUAACAUCUCUUCCAACCCAACCGUUCUGUGACUUUCACCCCCUCCAAAGGGACGGGUUGUUCUGUUGGCCCAGUCUCCUUUUCCCUCUGGAGAGCAGAAAUGUGGCUGUCACUGUGAAGGCCUCUCUGCCUCCUCCGUCACCAACUGGGGAGCAAAAAGGAGCACGUGAUGUCAGCUCUCUGGUUUUCCCUGUUUUCUGGAGCUCUCAAGUCCUGCAUCUCCUGAGGUUACUGCUUUUGACAUCCACCUUUCCUUGGACAGCGGUGUCCCCAGGAACCCAGCUGUUGCAUCUAAUUGAAUUGACCAUCGACACCAAGGAAAAAAAAAAAAAGUACUUAAUAUCAGGGAAAGCAUGGAGCCUCAUAUUUUACCAGCCUGCCUGGAGAACACAGUGAAUAUUGCUAUGCAAAAUGUUGGUCCUACAUGAGAGGUAAUUCAGUUGUGUGUGAAGGCAGUAACUGCUCACCUCCUCCCGCUGCUGCCCGUUCCUGUUGUCAGCAGGAACGGCUGCGGGUGGUGAUGCUGGAGGUGCUGUGGGUGCUGUGAGUCAAUCCAAGGUCUUUGUUUCUCAUUUAAAUCGAGCCAGCUCUUGUUAGUGACAAAGCACCAGCCCUGUACAGAGAUAGCAUUUUUGUUUGUUUGAAGGUGUCACUGUGGUCACUGCUCCGUGACACGGCGUAGUGCCCAGCUGGCGGGAUGUGACAGCUGCCCAGAGCGUGACGUGUUGGAGGUGAUGAGGCAGGGAGCUCAGGGCAGCAAUCCUGCACGCCCUUCCUUUCAGAGGAGGAUUUUGCUGGGGGUUUUUUUGUUUUGUUUUGUUUUGUUUUGUUUUUUUUUGGUGGUUUAUUACAUCAGAACUUAAGAACAAUGGAAGAGAAUUGAAGCACGCUGUGGUUUUCUUUCCUCAGCCACCAACUCGCUCAUCUGCAGGUGAGCUUUUCAGAGGUGCCCCACAUCUCUGCCCCAUCCUGCCGGACGCACGGCGCAUGCAGUGUUGUCUGCACGUAACAAAGUCAAUUCCUCACAGAAAGAGGGUUUCACGUAUUGUUUUAUGAAGGGUUUAUGAACUCUGUGGCUGAGACUUUGGCUAUUUAUUUACCGCUUCUUUCCCCGUGCCAGAGGAAAUUAGCGUGCUUGGCUGAGGGGAGGCGAUGCUGACGCUGGAGCAGCUCCUCCGCAUGGCGUCCUGCAGAGAUGUUUCCUCAUCGCAGCUAUGGGAGCAGAGGAGAGCUGUUCGUUUGCAGGCUUUCCUGUUGCUUUUGACUCGUGGCCAAAUUCCUCAGUGGUCCCAGCACUGCAGUGGUUAAUGCGAGUCACGCUCGACAAGCCGGGGCAGCACAGGCUUCCAAGAGCUCCUCUCCAUUUGUUCCCGCUGAGCUUUUUUCAAGGAGUCAGCAGGGACAGCUGCAGCCGGGGAGAUUUGCGGAAGAAUGAAAGGACCUACAAAAGUGGCGAUGAAACACUGUUAUCUUUGUUUGAUGCUUUUAGCCACCAGUGUCUUAUGGGCUCUGCCAGCUGAGAAAUAACCCGGUCCCUUGCAAGUGGCGUCAGUGUUUUGCAUGGGUUUUCAAGGGGCUCUGUGUUUCAGCUAAUAAAUGACUGGCAGCCCUUUAAAUGAAGAGAGACAGAGGGCCAUUAUUUUGCUAAUGCCAUGCAUUUAGGAAUGUCACUGCUGCAGAUACGUCGCUUUGCACACUGCUGCCUGAAAGCCAGACGACCCGCGCUCUGGCUGUUUAUGUACAGCAAACAGCUGGCACCACGGAACGGCGGCCUGCAGGUGCUCCACCCCUAAUUGCAGCCUCUGCACCUUCCGUAGCAGAGCUGGAGCUGUGUGUCCAGAGCUGGGUGUCUUAUGGCCUGGCAGAAUUAUUUUAGGAAGGUGUCCCAAGAGGCCCUUUCCGUCCCAUCGCUGUUCAGGCACCUGCUGAGCCCGGAGUUACCUGCUGAGAGCUUUCCCUGCUCUGUUUCUCUCGGACUGGGUGGAGAUCAUCGAGCCCCGCUCCCAGGAGCGGAUGUACGUCAACCUGACCACCGGGGAGUGCGGCUGGGAGCCCCCCCCCAACCUGAAGGUGCGCCAGUCGGACCAGAAGCAGUGGUGGGAGCUCUUCGACCACAACAACAACCGCUUCUACUAUUACAAUGCCAUCACGCAGCAGACGGUGUGGCACCGGCCCCAGGGCUGUGACAUCGUGCCCCUGGCACAGCUCCAGGCCAUGAAGCACAGCUCCCAGCCCGACUGCCGGGGCCGGCAGCACCGGGGCAGCAGCGGCAGCGAGGGCAGGAGCACCCCCAUCCCUACGGCCCUGCUGCAGGAGAUGGAGAGGGGCAAAGGGGACUGCGCCACCGACAGGAGGCCAGACACGGGCAGGGAGACCCCUACCCACUGGCAGCCUCUGCCAGGCACAAAAGCGGCCAUGUUGGUCAAAGUGAACAGUUUAAAGCAGGUCCCCGGCUCUUCAAACAGUUCCCUUCAUCUGCAGAGCGCCCCGGAGACCAACAGCCAGAAACCUCUUUCAAAAGCAGCCAUAUAUGCCCAGCCUCAAUCCGUGUCGCAGAGCCCUGGAGCCACAAAGCAAAUACCUGCCGGGGAAGGAAAGCAGUCUAUGCAAAUCAAAAAGACGGAGAACGGCGGUUUUUGCCUUGUGCUGAUGAAUGGGCCGGCUUCUCAGACUCCUCCGAGGAGCCGGACAGGAACCCCCCAGCCUGCUUCCCCCAAGUACGCCUCCCCUGCACCUAUAUACGAUGAGCCAUCUUUAGAGUCUCCAAUUUACGACGAGCCGCCGGUAGAUAUGGACACCGAGAGCGUGGGUGUGAGUGGGAUGUCUCCACCGAGGUCACCAAGCAAUAGCUUAAAGAAGCAGCUGCAGCCAACCAAACUGUUACAGCAUCCAAGUGUGCAGCAGCAGCAAGCUGCAAAGAAACAUGCAAGAAAUCCUUCUUCCACUGAAUACAGCCCAGCUGGCAGAGAAUACAUCAAACACAUGGUCAACGUUGACCAGUCUUCCAAACCCUCCCACUCUGCCGCUGCAACAGCUGAUGCCUCCACUAAGCUGCCUGGUCAGCUGGCGUCAAAGGACAGCUUCAAGCAGUCUUGGAGGAUCUUGGAAGCCAAUGUUCUCAAGAGCAUAGAAGCCCACCACAGUCGGCAGAACAGCCUGCAAACUCAAGAGUACCCGACUGCUAUCAGCCAUCAGGAUUCCGGUUAUUCAACUGGCCCUUCUCCAAGCUUGAGAAAAAGGAAAGGAAGGAGGCAGGGCGCGGGUCAGGGGAGGCCCGGCUCUGUGGGCAGCAGCAGCGAGCUGACGGCUCUGAAUGACAAGCUGAUCGCUGAGAUGCGUGCCGUGGUGGGCAGGUCAGCAGCCUGCCGGGGAAGCAAAGCCAGCCUCGAUGCUCAAAGUCUGGAGGGCGGCAUCCCCGCAGAGGGCGGCAAAGUCCGAUUCCAGUCCGACCACCUGAAGAAGUGCGUCGGCCGGAGCUCGAGGGAUGACGUCUCGGCCAGUAACAGGUCUCUGUACAGACAGGGCCUGGAGAGCAGGGGCAGCUUCCCCAGCGAUAUGGCUGCUCCGCAGGACACAGUGCGGCAGAAGAGGACUUUUGAGAAAGUAGAUUCUUUGGAAAAGAAUGUGACCGGCCGGGCCAGCUUGGCUUCAUCAGGUGCCACGCGGCACUCCUCCCAGGUACCUCCCCAUCCGCCCCACCCUGGAGCCGUAGAGUUGGACCCCAAGCAGGAGAGCAGCGGGCAGCCCAGUGGCUGCAUGGGAUACCACUUCUCUUACAACACCCUGCGGAAGCCCAUCUCCCAGAGCAGCAUGGCAGACUGGGCUUCCAAAAACCUGAACAUGCACACUCAGGGCAUCUUCCGCCGCAGGAUCUCCAUCUCCAACAUGCUGUCCUGGAACGGCGGCUCUAUCAAAAAGCCAAUGCUCAUCACAAGCAACCGCACCAUCAAAAAAGAGGCGUGUGAGAUGUUCAAACUGGUGCAGAGCUACAUGGGAGAUCGCCAGACUCGCAUGGACCGCAAUCACGUGGCGUUGGUCACGGUCACCAAGUGCUGGAGCAUGCAAGGGUUACGGGACGAGCUGUACAUACAGCUGAUCCGGCAGACAACAGAUAACACGUGCUACCGAAGCCUGGCGUGGGGCUGGGAACUGAUGGCCAUCAGUUUGGCCUUUUUCUCCCCAUCGCCCAAAUUCCAGUCCUAUCUGGAAGGUUACAUCUAUCGCCACCUGGACUGUGAUGAAAACAUUGCCCAGCGCAUCAAGGAGCUUGUGGAUCUGAAGAACAAGAAGAACUCAAAAUCCAGGAAAAAGAGGAAGCAAAACACCGAGGAGGAAGGUCUGCCCAUCAGCAUGUACGCCAAAUACUGCUACCGCAAACUCCAGAAGGUGGCCGUCACCGGAGGCAAGAAGGGCCUCCGCAAGCCUACAGUGGAGGAGAUCACACACGCCCGGAACGCCAUCGUGACGCCGUCGCUGUUUGGCAGCUCUCUGGAGGAGAUCAUGCUGCGGCAGCAGGACAUGUACCCGGGCCACAGGCUGCCCUGGGUGCAGACGCAGCUCUCGCAGCAGGUGCUGGCGCUGGGAGGAGAACAGACGGAAGGGAUCUUCAGGAUACCCGGUGACAUAGAUGAAGUCAAUGCAUUGAAGUUGCAGGUGGAUCAGUGGAGAAUCCCAAGUGGCCUCAGUGACCCCAACAUCCCAGCCUCUCUCCUCAAGCUAUGGUAUCGGGAGCUGGAGGAGCCCGUGAUCCCCCAGGAGUUCUACAAAGAGUGUAUCAGCAACUAUGAGAACCCUGACGCCGCUGUGGCCGUGGUGCAGCUUUUGCCAGAGCUCAACAAACUGGUGCUGUGUUACCUCAUACACUUCCUGCAGAUCUUUGCUCAGCCGUCAAAUGUGGGCAGGACAAAGAUGGAUGUGAACAACCUGGCCAUGGUGAUGGCCCCCAACUGCCUGCGCUGUCAGUCCGACGACCCUCGCAUUAUCUUUGAGAAUACGCGCAAGGAAAUGUCCUUCCUCCGCAUGCUGAUAGUGCACUUAGACACAAGCUUCAUCAAAGGGCUGGUCUGAGGCGCUGGCCCUGGGGUCCAGGACGUUGCUCUGGGGAGCUGUUGGGUGCCUGAAGUCUUCUCCCCUCCACUUUUACUUCUUCUAUUGUCCUUGCUGUUAUCACACCCUGGGUUAGCCCCCAAACAUCUCCCAACUUAAGACCUCAAAGACAAGGACUAGACAAUCCUGGAAGGCUUGGGCUGUUCAGCAGUAGGACCUGGUAGUCCUUGGACGUGCCAGCCCAGAUGCGGCGGUUCUUGGCCUUCUUGUGUGUGUCAGAGGGGGAACGGCCUCCUCCUUGGAGCUGCAGGACCGGCUGCUCACUGAAGGAGCUGUGACAUCCAUGAGACACUGCACCCUGGGACACUGAGACUCUCCAUCUCCCUUCUGAAGGCAGAGUUGGCCUCAGGUAUGAGGACGUUACUCCUGCGUUGUAACAUGAGUGUUUCCCUCUGGUCCUCGUGGAAACACUGCCUCUCUGGGGAUAACUCCACUGCCAUGGAGCCAGCCUAGUCCGCCUCUGCAGACUUGUUUGAAAGUGUGAGGGUUGUUCUGGCACCGGCACCCCACAGUGCUGUUGGUAGAGGGAUGUGAAGGUGCGGGGGAUUCGCUGAGGCAGAGGCAUUCCUUGGGCUGCCAAGGUCAGUGGAAGCAUGUUGCAGCCCUGGGAGAGGAGAUGCCUGAGCUGCUGCUGCCAGGUGGCCAGACAGAUCCUGGGAGAUCCUCACCCUCUCCUUGAGGCAGCUUCAGAGCUGCACAGCAGCAUGAGGUCAGCCUUGGGGCCAGCCCAGUGCUGAGCUAAACCAGCAGCACUCACACUGUGGGGCUUGGGGACAAGAGGGACAUUCAAUAACCUCCUUGGUAUCCCCCAGUGUGGGCUAUGUCCUCUGGGAAGGUAACCCCUAAUGGCUUCACAGCUCCUUUCUGCCAGCCCUCACUGCACAUGCUGCACAAGCCAGUGCCAGUUUUCCUGAAGAGCAGCUGAGAUAACACCAGAGGUGCUCAGAGCACCCACAGCACCUUUUCUGAGCACCAGACUGCUCUGCCCCCCUCCAUGUUCAGCCAGGUCUAAAGAAGGGAGGGGGGAGACCACCAUAGGUGAGAAUUGCCCCUGUGCUGAGAUGCCCUUCCACACAGAGCCAGCAGUACUGUGAAACGCUGAUUCUGCUGGGAGUCAGCUGUGGCAGCUGUGUUGUCCCCACCAAACUCCUACUGGAGUUGCAGAGGACUUAAGAAGGUAAAGGGAGAGAAGGGAAGAGUGGAAGCAGUCUGAGCAGCUGCAGUGUGGUGGAGCCUGCAUGGGGCAGUGCAGGCGGGCAGCUCGGUGUCCUCUCUGCUGCAGUUGAACCCCUGCAACGUUCUGUGUGCCAGCAAGAAGUGAGGCACAGCAGGGGCACCAUCCUUCAGCGGCAGCACAUAGAUUAGCCUCCAGAUACCGUUGCAUACUUAUUAACAAACAGCAAUUUCUAAUUCUGUGACCUUCUGGAAUUCUCCUUUUCCUCUGAAGUGUUUUCCCUGAUGGAGGCAGGUCUGCUGCAAAAGCUGUGUGCUGGUGGUGUUCGUGCAAUGCUACAUCUGCUGGUAGCAUCCAUGGUUGCAUUUGCAUUUCUGCAACCCCUUCCUUUCAUGCAGGGACCUGGGAGCCCCCCUAGGUUGCAGAGCUGAGUGGGGAGCCCAGCAGGGAGGUUUCACGUUGAUGUCUGAGUCUGAGCCAAGGAUUUGGGCACGAGGUACCAUGUACAGAGAAUUCCCUGAGCCUAUUUGAACCUCUCUGAGUGGGGUUUCCAGGGCACAGCUCUGCUCAGAGACCUCUGCAGUGGCAGUUCAGUUUGUGCUCAUGUUAGCCAAGGGUCGUGGUCCCCCUUGUGCCCCGUGCUUCUGUGAUCCAGGAAACCUUGUUCCCUUGUCAGGCCUGGGCCUGCAAACACCACAGCUGUGUGAGGAUCUGCUUUACAUGCUCAUCCCUCACAGUGCUUGCAAGCAGUUCAGCUCUAUUUGGCCUCAGAAUUGCCAGCCUCCUCAUGCUCCGGAUGUGCGGCCACAUUCCCAGCAAUGCAGGCAGACAGUUACCAGCUCUGCUGUGUUUUGCCAAAAUUUCAGGCUCAGGGUAUGCAUCCCGGCCCCACAAGGGCUGGGCCAGCUGCCUCUGCCUGCCCCUUCUCUGGGCUGCAGAUGCAGUGCCUGCAGCCAGCUGCCACCCCGGCCAUCCAUGCUAUCCCUUGCACUUAGCUGUAGCAGGCAAUCAGAGCAUAGGCAUUUGCUGCUAUUACAAAUAAAUGCUUCUUGCCAGGGCUGUAAAAUAGGCUAAUAAAUUACACUGGAUAUUACUUUCUUUGCUGACAGAUUUGUAAAUACGAAUCAGUAAAGCAGCCUAUCCUCUGUUAUAAUAAUAAAUACGAUCUCCAUGGUU